AUGACAUCCCACGAUGUUCGCGAUAUGCUGGAUCUCCCCUCCAGCUCCUCGGCACCUCGACCUAAAAAAGUAAAGACGACUGUACAAAAACCAAAACUGGGAGGGUUAGCCAGAGAAGUGCAAAAUUUAGGGGGUGAUAAUCCAAUUGCGAUUGUACCGGAAGAAGCGGUUUUUAAGAAGAAGAGAUUUGGAAGUCGAAAACCAGCUGCGAAGUGGGAGGCCAGGCCUUUUAAGAAUAGCGCGAGAGGCGGGGAUGGGUUAGUAUUGAAGCACUGGAAGAAAGUUGAGGGGAAAGACAAGAUCAGGGAGAGAAAGACGGAUGGAGAGGGAGAUACGGAAAUGGGGGAGAAUGGAGAAGAGAGGAAGGAAGAGGAGAUCAUUGAGGAUUCGACUUUUGCAAAGUAUAACGUAAAGGUUCAGGUACCGACUUAUACCGAUGAGGAAUACAAGGAAAUUUUAGAAAGGGAAGGAUGGUCGAGACACGAAACAGAUUAUUUGGUGGGUUUGGUUCAAGAAUAUGAUUUAAGAUGGCCAGUUAUAUGGGAUCGAUAUGAAUAUGUGCCUCCUGACAUCCCGGAAGCCGCUCCAGAACGUGCGAUUAUAAGAAGACCAGAAGUUAGGACGAUGGAAGAUUUAAAAUCAAGAUAUUAUACAAUAGGUGCGGCAAUGAUGGCCCUGAGGAAACCUUUAGAUCAAAUGAAUACUGCGGAAUUCGAUUUACAUCAAAAGAUGUUAAAUUACCAACCUCGACAAGAGAAACAUAGGAAAGAUUUCCUCGAAGGAGUCUUUACUCGUACGAGAGAAGAAGCUCGAGAAGAAGAGAGCCUUAUGGUGGAGCUCAAGCGAAUCUUGGCUCGAUCUGAGAAAUUUAUGGAGGAGCGAAGAGAACUUUAUGCCAGACUAGAUGCACCUGCAAGUAGUUCCAAUAUCAGCCCUUACACCACUAGUCAAGGUUUACAUCAACUCUUUCAACAACUUGUCGCAGCCGACAAAAGCAAGAAAAGAAAACCUAUUCAAGAAGGACAAACACCAGGUGGUUCAACUCCUGUCGGAGCCAAUACACCAAAUGCGUAUGAUGGUCGACGUGAUUCUAAUGUUCGAGAAUCAAUAUCUGGACCUUCAGGUAAUGCUGGUAGCUCAUCAGCCGCUGGUCAUAAAAAAGGAAGUAUAUCAAUCUCCGCACAAAAUCCCUCAGAACGCCGAAGACUCACAGAAGAAGAAGAGAAAGUUUACGGUGUUUCACAUCAUGAUCGUCUACAAGGAGGACCAUAUUUCCGUGGUGAAAAAUUGGUUAGACCACUCACCACUAAGAGUACUAUUCAACAAACACGUAUGAAAAAUACGUUGGCCGAAUUGGGUAUUGGUGAAAAAGCUACCAUGGCUACAGUGGAUGUAGCACAUGGGUAUGAUGAGCUAUUCAGGAGUAUUGGGAUUUUCUUGGAUAGUAGGAAGGUUGUUGAUAAGUUGACGGGAGAGAUUGCGGUUUUGAAGGAACAAUUGGAGGAGAAGAAGAGGAGAAAGGCAGGGGCUGAUGGAGGUGACUCAUCUACAAUUGGGGGCAUGGAUGGUGCGGUAGAUGAGAGGCAAAAAGAAGGUGGAAAUGAGAAUGGAAAUGAGGGAAAGGAUAAUGAAGGAGGAAACGAAGAAGUAGGAGAUGCGGAGGUAGUGCCGACUACGGAGAAAGGAGAUGGGAAGAGUGAGAAUGGGACAGAGAAGGAGAAAGAAGGUAGCGAUGGUGACGGAGAGCAUAAUGGUGAUGAUAAUAUCAAUGUUGAUGCAGGUGCGGAUGCUGCGGCUGCGUAUAAAAGAAGUGCAAGUGUAUUAAGUACAGGCACUGAUAAGAGUUCAAAGAGGCAGAAGAAAUAG